CGCACGAAACCAUGAUCACGCACGAAACCAUGAUUACUCGAAGCUUCUAUUCCCGUUUUCCGACGUCGUUCGCCGGCAAAGACACCCAUCAAGAUGGUGUUCAGCCACCUAUUUCAUCUUCAGCAAUACUGGCGGAACCAGGAUGGGAACCAUUAAAAGAAGAACCAACAGUUUCCUUAAAAGAUUCAUCCAUUAGACAAAUAGCUUGUUUAGACUCGGAUCCAGAUAGAUUUGGAAUGCUUCGGAGGCUCAGUCGGUGCUCUUCGGGUACGAUCACAAUUUAUGAGGACCCUGAGAGCAAUAGUGUGGAGGACCCCGAAGGUACCAACGAUGCGCCUCCGCUGCAAUCAGAGAGGUCGCCUCUGCCCUCAUCAUCUUCUCAAUCACGAUCUGACUUUGACGAGUCUUUCUUUUGGUUAGACGGAAGUGACUCAGGCUCGGCUCUUAUAACGGACGACAUGGCCUUGAACCAGCUCCGGCCAGUUGCUUCCUUGCUGUUGUUUGACAAGUUCUGGUUUUGUCCUUCAGGAUUCGAGCAAGAAACUUCUGGAUCAUUGCAGAAUUAUACAUCUUGCGAUACCGAAAAUACCUCUUCAGGUUCUUUUCAAAAGAGUUCUAAAGGCAAGAAAAGAAAGGAGGGUAAUUCGUCGGAUGGUGGCGAUGAGCAUAGGCCCUUCCGUCGCAAGGUUAGCCGCUUCUCCGGGGAGAUAGACGAGAAGCUCUUAGCGUGCCCAUUCUGCAAGAAUGAUGCAAGGCGCUACCGCGGCUGCUACAAAUACAUCCUUCGAGAUAUCUCAAGGCUCAAACAACACCUAGCGAGGAAGCAUCGAAUUCCUACACAUUGCCCGUCCUGUUCUCUUAAAUUCGAGUCGGAAUUAGAGCGGGACCAGCAUAUCCGAGCAAGGUCCUGUGAGAUCCUACCUCCCCGAAAUUGGGAUGGGAUCGAUCAGUCACAGAAACGACAGCUAGAACAACGAGUCUCGCCGGGAAAGACGAAAGAGGAAAAUUGGUAUAUUAUUUAUGAGAUUCUAUUUCCAGGAAAGCCAAGGCCCAGAAGUCCCUAUGUAGAUGCUCCACUCUCAGACGACCUUCUUGCGCUCCGAGAAUUCGCUGCCAUCGAAGGACCAAACAUUGUGUCUGACCUUACACGGAAUGAACUGCCGGAGAGCUUGCGUCCCAAUGAACAAGAAAUACAGAGUUUCCUCGAAAGCAUCUUUCAAGACGCUGUGGCUCUCUUGCUGGAACGACAUGUGACUACCAGGCCGGGUCAGCUCCGGACCUCGCUCACCCACCAAGCUUCAACCGGGUCUUCAGAUUCUGGAUUUGUGAGUUCCGGUGCAGACCCAAGCCAAGUGAGCGGCCAUAGCAAUGAUGCGGACGCAGCCAAUGAACUGAUGCCGCCCUUAAAUGCUUCCAUUUUCAAAGAGACUUUAAAUCACGAUCUGUCCAACUUGCCUAUCUGCUUUGGAAACCCUGCGUCACCUCCAUGGAAUCCUUUGUUUGCCGCGGAGUUGGUCGAAGUAGAGAACGAUCUAGACCACCUGCUCGACUCUCUAGAUGAAUUUGGAGAUACGUUUCAGCAGGGUGGCCAUCCGUACGCAACGGAGUAG